AUGGUGGCAGCGCGGUGGUCGCAGGCUCGCAGCAGGCGGGGAGACGGUGCGACGAGGGCAAGCAGAGAGAAUGAGGAAGAGGAGGGUGAUGGUGCUCCAAUGGAUGAGUGCUUGACAGGAGAUAGAAAAUGGAGUGAACGCUUAAGAGCUAAUAUGAACGAGGGUGAUGGAGCAUUACCUACUUCUUUGUUAAAUUCAGUUACAGAGAUUAAUCAUUCAACUAGUAGUGUUGUUACUGAUUCAACUAGUAAUGAUGAUACUUCAAGCCUCAUCAACUCACCUAGGGUGUGUUACUCCCCUAAAGGAUCCAAGGAGUGCAUUGCAGGCUGUUUGCAUCAUCUUAAACCUAGUGUGGGUAUGAUUUUUGAUUCUUUAAAAGAGGCUGAACUUUUUUAUAAAGUUUAUGCUGCUCAAUGUGGUUUUCAAGUGCGCAAUGGGACUGAUAAAAAGGGAAAACAAACUGUUGGAAAAGAAAUUGUUGAAGUGAUACUUCUCAAAUAUUUGCUUUGUACUAAGCAAGGUUAUUUUCAACCCAAGCCUAGAAAUCAGGAUGCUGAGUGUAGUCAAACGCAGAAAAGAAGUGUGUCCUGUUCUGGUUGCUCUACUUGUAUUCGGUUACGGUAUAGUUCUGGUGGUAAAUAUGUGAUUUAUUGUUUUCAUGAGGGCCAUUCUCAUCCUUUUUUAACCCCGAGCUCUAUACCCUUUACUAAAGAGUCCAGGCAGUUGACUCAGGUGCAAAAGCAAUAUAUUUUUAAUAAUGCCAAAGUGAAUAUAGGGCCUGUUAAGUCCUAUAGGAUGAGUAAAGAACAUUGUGGAAGUUAUAACAAUGUUCGUGGUACCAAAACUGAUUUUAAAAACUUUUAUCGUGAUUUGAAAGUUUAUAUAGGCGAUAAAGAUGCGUUUAUGUUCAAGGAAAAUUUUGAGAGGAAAUGCAUGGGUAAUUGUGAACCUUAUUGUUUGCUCACGGAUCAAGAUCCUGCUAUGUCAAUUGCUAUAGAGAAAGUGUUUAAAACGACUAAACCGCGUUUAUGUAUGUGGCAUAUAAUGCGUAAGGUGCCUGAUAAAGUUGGCCCUGUUCUUUGCAGAGAAACUGAUUUUUUGAAGAAGUUAAAUGCAGUGAUAUGGGAUUCUGAUUUGGAUCCAACUGAGUUUGUAUCCGGCUGGGAAGCUGUGAUGAAAGAAUUUAGUUUAGAAAAUCAUGAUUGGCUUAGUUAUAUGUUUAAGAUCAAACAUAAAUGGAUCCCAGCUUACUUUAGAGAUCUUUUUAUGGGUGCCUUGUUGCGAGUUACUUCUCGUUCUGAAGGGGAAAACAAUUUCUUUUGUCAUUUUACAAAUCCACAUGUCACUUUAGUUGAGUUUUCUCUACGUUAUGAUAGCGCGCUUGAUGCCCAAAGACAUGAACAAGAUGAGUUGGUUAAGAAAUCCAAAAAUCUUCCUUCACUUGUUACUCCUUUACAAUUAGAAAAGCAUGCAUCGUUGUUUUAUACACAUGCACUUUUUUAUGAAUUUCAACAAGAAUGUGAGGCAGCAUGUUUUGCAUGUGGUAUAGAGAGUUGCAAUUCAUGUUAUGGUGAUGGUGAAGAGUUUUCUGUUGUUUAUGAUAAUGAGAGGCGCAAGAAUUAUGAUGUUAUUUUUGACACGAGUUCUAAUGAUAGUACAUGCAGUUGUAGAAAGUUUGAGAGUGAAGGGAUAUUGUGUAGACUUAUCUUGUUUAUAAUAAAGGGCAAGUUCUUAUGUGAAAUUCCAUCUAAAUAUUUGUUGCGUCGUUGGUCAAAAGAUGCCCUUAAGCAACCAAUGUCUAAUUUCGUAGGUUGGUCAUUUGUGGAAGAUUCUUCAAGGAGUGAUAGAAAAAAACAACUUCUCUCUGAUUGUUGGUCUAAAAUGUUUUCUUGUGUGAGUUUGGCCGAGGACACAGAAGAUAAUUUUUUUGAAUUAGUUGAGAAAUUAAGUGUGUUUGAGGAGGAAUUGAAGAAAAAGAAGUGUGGUGAAGGCGAGGCAACUAGGAAAGACCAAACUGCUUCUGAUGCUGAUAUACUUGAGCUACUUGUUGGCUCAAAGUCUGGGGAGGUUGAUGUUCUCCCUCCUAAUGUUUGUCUUACCAAGGGAUCUGGAAGAAGUUCCAAGAGGCUAAAGAGUGCGAAAGAGAAAGCAGUUGAAGUGAAUACCACUGCAAAGAAGGGACGUACAUGCAAAGCUUGUGGCCAGUCAGGGGAUCUUAGGAUGAACCAAGUCCAACCAAAUGACAGUGGGUACUGCUGA